CCAACACCUCAAUAAAAUCGCAAAGAAAAAUUCCACUGCACCAGAAGAAGCAGCAGGAGAGAACGUCCACAGGAAAAGCUUUUUGAGGUGCGUAGCUGAACUAACGGAAGCUCAUCAUGGCUGUGGAUGGAUGUGGUGUCGUCUGCAAAUACAUUCUUGUCAUUUUCAACAUCAUCUUCUCGGUGGUGGGGCUUGCCUUCCUUGUGCUAGGCCUGUGGCUGAGAUUCAGCGAGGGCACCAGAGAAAUCUUCCGCUUCGAGGACCUCAACUCCAGCGCCUUUGUCAUAGGUGUGACCGUGCUGAUACUUCUCGGCGUGGUCAUGCUGGUCGUGGCAGCGUUUGGAGACUACGGUGCGUGCAGCGAGAAAAGAUGCGCCCUGCAGACGUUCACCGUUCUCCUCGCCUUCCUGGCUUUAGCUGAAGUCGUCGUUGGAGUUGUCGCCUAUACAAGUAGAGAUAAGGUUGGUAACAAGCUCGGCGAGUUCUACGUCAGCCUGUAUUCUCUGUACGCCGCCAACAAGGACCCCGCCAUGGCCAUCACGCUCACUUUCAUCCACAACACGCUCCACUGCUGUGGAGUGACCGGGAUCUCCCUGGUGGAGAUUGUUAAGAAGACCUGUCCCGAGCCAGACGGCUUCUUGGAGAAACUGGUCAUGCCUAACUGCCCCACAACCAUUCUGAACAUCUUUGAAAGCAAGGCGGGGCUGGUGCUGGGGGUCUUCUUGGGAACCGGAGCUCUUCUGCUUGUAGCACUCAUUUGCAGCAUCACCCUCAAUGCCAAGAUCCGUCAGUCCAUGUCAUCUCCAGAGUACAUUAUCCUGGCUCAGCCCACCCCUGCCCUGACUGUCCUCCAGCCGCCUCUGCACGACUUAAGCUCCGCCCCCCACCCAUACCAGGACCCAGUUGUCUUCACCCCCCUGUCUGCAGCAAACAUCCCCGCCCAGGCUUAAGUGCAUUCAGCUCCGGCAGCUCUUUCUCUUGUGCCUGCUCAUGCUCUAACGUCUUCUUGAUCAUUUAUUCCAUUAAACUCAUCCAUCAGUCAUUCACGUCCCACACCAUCUCCUGUGAGCACGCCAUCUCUCGUUUUCCUGCACUAACAGUCGGGGUCCGGUUUGAUGUCGGUUUGUGUUUUGGGUGAAACCUUAUAGCAGCAUCUAGGACCUGCCCACCGCCCUCCUGAGACCUGUCCUGCUCUUUACUGUCCGCCGUUCUUCUGUGUCUGCAUGACAGAUCACUGCCCUAGUCUGCUCCAUCAUUCUCCUGAAGCACAUCAAGAGGAGCCACCACGCCGUUACCAGCUACUAUUCAGCCGUUUACUGAAGAGGAUCCUGCGCCUCCAGGUCCAUCCGUGAAGAUGCUAAUCAACUGAUCUGUGUUUACAAACUUUUCUUUUUAAUCUCAACAUUUGUCUACAAUUUUAGACACAAAAAAUCCCUUUAAUUGAUUUUUAUGUCCUAAACAUUAACACAUAAACAUUAACACAUUGGACUUGACAGAAAUAUGGCAGCUUUGUUUGUUUCAGCAGAUCCGUUUCAGCCCUCCUAACAUCAAGUGUUUACACAGAUGAGCACUUUUGAUUUUGCUGCAUGCAGGUGAUUCACUGGAUCCCUCCUAUAUAUUGUCAAAGGGAAAAAAUGUAAAUUAUUCUUAAGAUUUUUGUGCUUUUUUUCACUCGGUUUCCAUUAUUGACUUGAAUUUUAGGUUUUAUGUGCCUUGUAUAAAAUUCCCUUCUCUGGACCUUCAGCUUCACUCUGUUACACUUUAGUUUUCUUUUUACAGAAAAGAUUUUUUGUUAUUUUGUAUCCAUUAAAGUCCUUUUUAGGGAUAUGAACCAAAAGUGUCAUUAUCUAACAAAUUUUAUCUGCAAGUCAUGUUUCUUUCUUUUAAUUUGUGCUUGAAACGUCUUUGUUUGACCAAAAGUUUCAUAAACAAACAGCUGAAUGGCUUCAAAUUUGCACGUUUAUCUGUCCUGGCCUGAAGUGGUGUUGUAAUUCGUUGAUUUAAAAAGAACUGCUUUGUAGCUGUUUGAUCCAUAUGUUUCCAUAAAACUUGUAAAACUCCA